UUCACUAUAUUUUAGACAGCAAUGGACUCUCUCACACUAUUUUGGUACGAUUAUUUAUUCUUCAUUUUAGUCCUACUUUGCAGCAUUUCGAUCGGAAUUUAUUUCGGUUUUUUUACCAAAAACAACCAUUCUGAUCCUUCGGAAUAUCUACAAGGAAAAAAACAAAUGACAGCAUUCCCAGUGGGUGUUUCACUAACUACAAGUUUUAUCUCUACUUCCGUUCUUCUAAGCUUCUGUUCAGAAGCUUACAGUUUUGGUGCAAACUCAUUUUUGCUCAUUUUUGGCAUGAUUACGACCUAUUAUGCCAACAAAUUUAUCUACUUACCUGUAUUUUACAAUCUUGAAAUUGACACAGUUUAUGAAUAUUUGGAAAAAAGGUUUGAUAAAAGAGCAAGACAGCUCGCAUCGGGUAUUUACACAUUUUGUAACAUUUUUUUUCUGUCAGUGACGAUUUAUACACCAGCUUUGGCUUUAUCUGCAGUCACUGGAUUUCAAUUGCAAUACGUUAUAGUUGGUGUCAGUGGUGUUUGUAUUUUUUAUACGAGUAUUGGAGGUUUCAGGACUGUUAUUUGGACAGAUGUGUUGCAAUUUUUUGUCGUUUUGGUCACUCUGAUCAUUAUUCUAGCUUUAGCGAUUGGAUCAACUGGGGGUUUUAUCGAAAUUUGGAACAAAGCGAUGGGAAGUGGCCGUUUGGACAUUUUCGAAUUUGACCCAAAUCCGACUCGACAUAGCAGUGUUUGGAUCAUAAUAAUCGGUUAUUCGUUUACAUUAAUGACACUUACUUGUGUUGACCAAAUUUCGGUCCAAAAAAUGCGAUCAAUUCGAACUGUACAAGAAGCAUCAAGAGCCCUGAUUUACUUCAUAAUUGGGCUCUAUUUUACUAUGAUUAUUUGUGUUUUUCUUGGCUUGACUAUGUAUGCAAAAUAUUSGGAUUGUGAUCCAGUCAGUGCAAAAUUUAUCCAAACACCGGACCAGUUAUUACCUUACCUUGCCAUGGAUGUGGGUAAUAAAAUUCCCGGAGUUUCCGGGGUUUUUGUAGCCGCAAUUUUCAGCUCAAGUUUGAGUCUCCAAUCAGCAAUUUUGAAUUGUUUGUCUGGUUCCAUAUAUUCAGAUUUCAUGAAACCAUUUUUACGCAAAUUUCCUGAAAAUCAAAUUUUGAAAUUAACAGUAGUCGGAAUUGGUAUUUUAUGCACAGUUUUCGCUUUUGUAAUGCCAUACUUAGGAACGCUAUUUAAUAUCAUUUUUACGAUAACAGGUGUGACUGGGGGCCCUAUUUUAGGGAUGUUCACUUGCGGGCUUUUGAUACCAAAAACUAACUCUAAAGGAGCAUUUUAUGGUACUCUCUUCGGAUUUUUUAUUUGUUUGUUUAUUGCUGUCCCAGCGACUUAUUACCAGGACCACAACGGUCAAGAUCAGUAUUUGAAACCCAUUUCGACCAUUUGUUUAAACCUAACUUUACGAAAUGAGACUACAAUUGAUAAAUCACCACCUCCCUGGUUGUUUCAAAUUUCAUACUUCUACUAUUCGGUAAUUGGUGUAAUUGUCACGAUAAUCAUGGCAUCUUUGAUCAGUUGUUUGACGCAAAAAUCAAAUUUUCGAGUCGACAAAAAUUUAAUCAGUCCAAUCGCUCGCUUUCUCCUUGUUGACAAUGAAGCAAAAAAUCGAAAAUCGGUGCAUUAUUCGAGUGCGGUUAGUGAACCACCCCAAAGCUUGUUGAAUUAGUUGCCUGAUAAUGUAUUUAAUGUACUAAGUUUAUCUGUGGACGUUCUCACUUUAGAGACAAAACUAUUUUCAAUUCGUCAUUUUUCAAAGUUUUUUAAAGUUUCCCAAUUCCCCAAUCGUAAUCGCAAAUUGCUUCGAUCAGAAAUUUAAUCAUGAUUAAAACUAAUAAUACUUGACAUUUUGUGGCAAUUACAAUGUGCAAAAAAUAUACACCUGUAAAUCUGUGGUUU